CGAGCUCGGGGCUCGCGGGCGGAGCAGGGCGCGGCGCGGGGCUGCGGAACCGGCCCGCACGCCCGCUCCCGUGCUCGCCGCGCCGCCGCCGGGGCUGCUGCUGCGGGCCAGGGAAGAACCUCGCUCCCGCGCUGCCACCUGGAGAAGUGGCGGAUCGGGGAAGGGAAAGUGGCCUGUCGCCGGCGGGCGCCACGCCGGGGAGCUUUUGUUUGGGAAAGAAUGCUUCAGGGCUCGCUGCGCUCCGCGGCUCCCGGGCUGCGAAAUGCGAGCGUGGGCUCCCACGCGCGGGCUGCGCCCCGAGCCUCGCGCCAGGUCCCGUCUUCCCCACUCCCAAGUUGUGCGGUCGCAACAGGGAAGUGGUGUGGCCGCCAUUGUCGCAGCUGCUCCGGCAUAAGGAGGCGGCUGCGACUGCUUAUGUAAGUUUGCUUUGGGAAAGCCGGGCUCCCUGCUCCCCGGUGCGGGCGCCUUAGCGUUCCCGCGAUCUGGAGAACGGCUAGCAAGGAGCUGCUUUAGGGUAUUGUAGGUGUGGGACAAGACAUAGUCCCACACCUACUUACACAUACUGGCAAUGGCUAUCUUCCGGUUUGACUCAUUUGAACUUAGCAAUGGGAACAUCUUUAUGGGGGGAAAAAAACGAGCCGAUUGGCCCGUGACCUCCUUUGAAAAAGAAUACACACUAACCAGAAAUGAGAAGCUGCACGCUGAUGCGUUGCCAUGGCUACUGUAGAGCCACCCUUCUCUAAGUGCCACGCUCGUUUUUGAUUCCACAGUUAGUGACAACAGAGGUGUCACCAAAGAUUCUGAAGGCAGUGCUCUCCUUCAAGCCCGCUGCAGGCCCAGGCUGCAUCUAGAACACAGGAAGGCCUAAAUGAAGAACGGCGCAUCCUUAGAAAUCCCCUCUCCAGCCCUCACGUAGUACAGAUGAGAAAGCCUGCUGGUUCCGAGCUCUGUGGUUCCUUCCUAUUGCAGGAACUUGUUCGGGGUCCUUUGGUGGAGUCUUGCGCCAAGUCUUUGUGUAGGACUGGAUUCUAGCGCAGCCACCUGCUUUCUACACACUUCCGCGUUUGUGGGAUUAGUGGUCACUAGAGGAUAUUUUUGUUCCUUAGUAUAUGGGCCUGCAGGAUGUGGAGUUCUUUAGAUGAGACUUAAGAAUCAAAGCAAACUCUUUGAACCUUUGUAUAGGAAGGGAUAGAGGGAAAAGUGUGGACUUGGCCGCUGCCGUCUGGCGCACAGUUGUUCGCAAUUGCGCGGACAAAGUAGCAUGUUUACUCCUUGCUUCCCCUCCUAACUGUGGAGAAUGUGUGCUCCUACAGCCUCUGCUAUGUUUAGAGAAACGCGCAUCUAGACGUUUCUAGGUCCUGGAGAGAAAGUGGAGAACUAGGUACCCAGUAGGACACACACUGAUGAUGUCACCUGCCACACUUCCAGUCCUUAUGUAGAUAGAACCAGGCCGGAUUACUGCUAGCCCCUGGCUUCUACCCAGAAAAAAUGGGUUCGUAUGCAAGAGAUCUGGCUUGCCCCUGAUCAGACUUACUCUGAUCUGAAGAUUUUGGAGUUUAAGGCAUUAAGAAAAUAGCCUGAAUUGUUCAUGGAGUUUUUCAUCAGUAUGUCUGAAACCAUAAAAUAUAAUGACGACGAUCAUAAAACGCUGUUUCUGAAAACGCUGAAUGAACAGCGCCUGGAAGGAGAGUUUUGCGAUAUCGCGAUCGUGGUUGAAGACGUGAAGUUCAGGGCCCAUCGCUGUGUUCUCGCUGCCUGCAGCACCUACUUUAAGAAGCUCUUCAAGAAGCUAGAAGUGGAUAGUUCCUCCGUCAUCGAGAUAGAUUUCCUCCGCUCUGAUAUAUUUGAAGAGGUCCUGAACUACAUGUACACAGCAAAGAUUUCCGUGAAAAAGGAGGAUGUGAACCUGAUGAUGUCGUCGGGUCAGAUUCUUGGUAUCCGGUUUCUGGAUAAACUCUGUUCUCAGAAGCGUGAUGUGUCCAGCCCCGAUGAAAGCAAUGGCCAGUCCAAGAGCAAGUACUGCCUCAAGUUAAAUCGCCCCAUCGGAGAUGCCGCCGACGCUCAGGAUGAUGAUGUGGAAGAAAUCGGGGACCAGGACGACAGCCCCUCCGACGACACAGUAGAAGGCACCCCCCCGAGUCAGGAGGACGGCAAGUCCCCUACUACUACCCUCAGGGUUCAGGAGGCGAUUUUAAAAGAACUGGGGAGUGAGGAAGUCCGAAAGGUGAACUGCUACGGCCAGGAAGUAGAAUCCAUGGAGACUCCCGAGUCCAAAGAUCUGGGGUCCCAGACCCCGCAAGCCUUAACCUUUAAUGACGGGAUGGGUGAAGUAAAAGACGAACAGACUCCAGGCUGGACCACAGCUGCCAGUGACAUGAAGUUUGAGUAUUUGCUCUAUGGUCACCACCGGGAGCAGAUUGCCUGCCAAGCGUGUGGUAAGACGUUUUCCGACGAAGGCAGACUGAGGAAGCACGAGAAGCUCCACACGGCAGACAGGCCGUUUGUUUGUGAGAUGUGUACAAAAGGUUUCACCACCCAGGCCCACCUGAAGGAACACCUGAAAAUUCACACAGGGUAUAAGCCCUACAGCUGCGAGGUGUGCGGGAAGUCCUUUAUCCGCGCCCCGGACCUAAAGAAGCACGAGCGGGUUCACAGCAACGAAAGACCGUUUGCAUGUCAUAUGUGUGACAAAGCCUUCAAACACAAGUCUCACCUCAAGGACCAUGAAAGGAGACACCGAGGGGAGAAGCCUUUCGUGUGUGGCUCCUGCACCAAGGCGUUUGCCAAGGCCUCAGAUCUGAAGAGGCACGAGAACAAUAUGCACAGUGAGAGGAAGCAGGUCACCCCCAGUGCCAUCCAGAGUGAGACGGAACAGUUGCAGGCGGCAGCGAUGGCUGCCGAGGCAGAGCAGCAGCUGGAGACCAUUGCCUGCAGCUAGAGGUGAUGGGUCAGGAACACGUGGCCUGGGAGGUCGAUGCCGAGGUUGCAUUGAUCACAGUCAGUGAACACUUUUGACUGCUUUUGUGGCAACUUAGAGUGUUGGACUGGGUGGACCUAAGACAGUGCUCAUUCCAGUUAGGUGAUUUUCAGAUUCCUCAAGGCAGUUACGUUCCUACGUUCUGACCAAACAGUUUUUUUAUUUUGUUUUUUUGUGGUGUCUAGUGUUCAUGUUCCCGGUAAGCUCCCCUGCCCCUCUUUAUGGUUUUAAUUUGAAAACUCCUUUGUCCGGUUGAAAGUGAGCGGCUUCUGUUCCACUCUUAAUUCCUCUACGCUUGCCAAACUGGUGAGUGCACUGCAGAGUGAUUGAAUAAAUUGAUCGCCUACCCGUCCCAAUAUAUGUGACUUACGGUCAAAACAGCAGUUUUAUUAACUGGAUACAAGAACUUCAUAUUGGUGCAGAAAACGUUGGCACAUGCCGACCGACCCAGGACACUGUAUAAAUACAAAACCAAGUUUGGAAAUACGGAAUGGUGUUAGUUUUAUAUUUGGCUUGUUGAUUUUUAAAUCUCUCUGUAUAUCAUUGUUUUUACUGUUUCUGUGGACAGUAAGUGGCUGCUUUGCUGAAGUGUUUCUUCAUCCGUUGUGAUGGCCCCUGUCCCCACCCCAAGUGCUGCAGGUCAUGAGUCCACCGGAUGCUGGUAGUACCGGAACUGAAUUCCUCUUUGACCCAGUGUGGCCACUCUGCCCGUGGGUGUCUGGAGUGAACCGGUCGUGAGGGAAGGAGAGAAGUCUCCGAGACCAGGUUUUCACAGAUACAAAAGCCCUAAAAUUUCCUAGGUCUUCAAAAUCCUGACUGAUUUCAAAAUUGGUUUUGUAUUUAGGAUCAAAAUUAGGACAAGAAACAGAAAUGCUUCUUGAGAUGUUUUAGUAGUUUAUGGAUGAUCAAGCUUUUGGGGUUCUCUGCAGCUCUCAGUUUCUCAUAAAGAUGCUUAAAUAAUUUCAAAUCUUUCAAAUGUGUAAAUAGUAGUGUUGGUCCUACGUAUUUCAAGGGAAAGGACAGCUGCACUUUUUUAUUUUUUUAUUUUUUUUUUGCACAUUGGAUUAAAGUACCUCUCAUUGGCAACAAACAUCAGACUGUCUUAACCGAUAUUAAAGAUCUUCAGACCGAUCAUUUGUUUUCCAAGUAUGUUUUAUCACUGGCUGCAGUUUUCAGUAGAAGCUGACUGCCUCUUCAUAGCCAUAAAUCAGAAUUAUGAACUUUGUUUGAGAUCCGGCAUACUGAAAGUGCUUUUAACUGUUUCCUUAGGAGUAUAUUGAAAUGCCAACAGAGUUUGAAUUAUGUUCUGUAAGAAAGUACUAGACCAUUGUUUUAGGACGUGUACAGUUGUAGAAAGUAAGUGCCAACUUUUAAAGUUCAUGUUUGGUUCUUAAGACUUUCGUUUUUAAAAAGUACAUUAAAAUAAUUUCAUUACAUGGCUUGCUAUAUGAUCACCUGUUAUGACUAUUGUGAGAACAUUUUUUUAUUUUCAAAAUUGGUGUACGUGUUACGCCCAAGAGUGUCGGGUGGGGAUGCUACCUUUCAAAAUUUCUUAUUUAUUGGUAAAAUGUUUUGGUUUAAAAAUUAACUUAAUUUUCCCUGAAAGCUCUUUGUUCUGUAUUGAAGGCAGUCCUGUCAUUGUGUUUCUGUGCUGUUAGGGAGGGGACCGACUGCUGUUCCCAGGCCGUGCUGACCAAAGCAAACGUGAAGUCAGCUGACAUCCUGUUGAUAGCUACUUCAACAAACCAUAUUUUGGGCCUUUGUUUUUGUAUAUAAAGAAAAUAAUAUA